AUGUCCAACGAAGAAACUUCAGCUGAUAGAAAUGUUGAGAUCUGGAAGAUCAAGAAACUCAUCAAGAGUCUUGAAAUGGCCAGGGGGAAUGGAACGAGUAUGAUUUCCCUGAUCAUACCACCAAAAGAUCAGAUCUCCCGGGUCAGCAAAAUGUUGGCCGAUGAAUUCGGUACCGCGUCUAACAUCAAGUCACGUGUAAAUAGGCUAUCGGUACUUGGUGCAAUCACAUCUGUGCAGCAUCGUCUUAAAUUAUAUACUAAAGUACCUCCCAAUGGCCUGGUUAUAUAUUGCGGGACUAUCGUCACUGAGGAAGGAAAAGAAAAGAAGGUCAACAUUGACUUUGAACCUUUCAAACCUAUUAAUACUUCCUUAUAUUUAUGCGACAACAAGUUCCAUACAGAAGCAUUAACAGCAUUGCUAGCAGACGAUAAUAAAUUUGGUUUCAUUGUAAUGGAUGGUAAUGGUGCAUUAUUCGGUACAUUGCAAGGAAAUACGCGCGAAGUACUCCACAAAUUCACCGUCGAUUUACCAAAAAAACACGGUAGAGGAGGUCAAUCCGCGUUACGUUUCGCCCGAUUGCGUAUGGAAAAGCGACACAACUACGUACGAAAAGUUGCUGAAGUAGCAACUCAGUUGUACAUAUCCAACGACAAACCCAACAUUGCUGGACUUAUUUUAGCUGGUAGUGCUGAUUUCAAGACAGAACUUAGUCAAUCCGAUAUGUUUGAUCCUAGAUUACAAGCUAAAGUAAUAAAGCUAGUGGACGUUUCAUAUGGUGGUGAGAACGGAUUCAAUCAAGCGAUUGAAUUGGCAGCCGAGUCGCUGCAGAACGUUAAAUUUAUUCAGGAGAAAAAAUUAAUCGGGCGUUACUUUGACGAAAUAUCCCAAGAUACCGGUAAAUAUUGUUUCGGAGUAGAAGAUACGCUUCGUGCUUUGGAGCUCGGUAGUGUCGAGACUCUAAUCUGUUGGGAGAAUCUUGACAUUCAGCGAUAUGUGCUCAAAAACCAUACAAAUGCCGAGGAAAAGAGUGGGGUAGAAUUGGAGUUAGUCGAGUGUCAACCGCUCUUGGAAUGGCUAGCGAAUAAUUACAAAAGUUUUGGUGCCACCCUAGAAAUAAUCACAGACAAAUCACAAGAAGGCUCGCAAUUUGUCAGAGGUUUUGGUGGAAUUGGAGGUAUUUUGCGAUACAAAGUCGAUUUUCAAAGUAUGCAGCUCGAAGAAAUUGAGUUCGACAAUUUCGAUUUGGAUGACUACUAA